CUCGAGGCAGGCCGAGUCAGGCCGAGGCUCGAGAGUCGUCCAGGCGUUUUCGGCUGGAAGCAGUCCCUUGGAAACCACCCCGAAGCCCGUCGUCGUUCCACCAGUCUAUCGACGCUCCAUCCUUAAGUCCUUCUACCGCUAGGACAGCUUCAUCCCCUUGUACGCGACACCGACACCGUUUCCGUGCUCGUCGUCCGAGAGCACCCUUGUACAGAGGAGGACGGAUUUGGGACUGAGGCGAGGGGCACAAGCAGAGACAUGGACAAUGUGCAAAUGAUCGGCACUAAAAUCACAGCGAUCAAGGAAUACUUAUAUAAUUUCGCCCGGACACACUCACCGACCAGACUAAUGAGUUCCGAAAACACCUACUCGCUCUCCAGGGAGCAUUGUAACUUGAAAUAUUCGGAUAUCCUGCCGCACAAUGUCGAAGGUUAUCCAGCAACCAGAGAGUUCCUAAUGAAGGUGGUGGAUAUCCUAUUGGAUUUCAUUAAGUCGACGAACGACAGAAACGCGAAGGUCCUCGAUUUUCAUCAUCCCUCCGAGAUGAUGCGCAUCCUGGAUCUUGAGAUUCCCGACACUGGCUUGACUCUUCAACAACUUAUUAUCGACUGUUCCACGACUCUGAAGUACCAAGUGAAGACUGGACAUCCCCAUUUCUUCAAUCAAUUGUCCUGCGGGUUAGACUUGGUGUCGAUGGCUGGCGAAUGGCUAACAGCGACGGCGAACACCAACAUGUUCACCUACGAGAUCGCACCUGUGUUCAUUUUGAUGGAGCACGUGGUGCUGCAGAAGAUGAGGGAACUAAUUGGCUGGAGCGGUGGCGAUUCUAUAUUAGCUCCGGGUGGUUCCAUCAGCAAUCUUUACGCCUUCCUCGCCGCGAGACACAGGAUGUUCCCUAGUUACAAGGAGCGAGGUCUUUCCGCUAUCGGGGGACAGCUGGUUAUGUUCACGUCUGACCAGUGCCAUUAUUCGGUGAAAUCCUGCGCCGCUGUCUGUGGACUGGGAACAGACAACUGCGUGAUGGUUCCCAGCGACGAACGAGGUCGCAUCAUUCCAUCGAAGCUUGAAGAACUUAUUCUGGAGCGUAAGGCUAAAGGACAUAUUCCCUUCUUCGUGAAUGCCACCGCUGGGACGACCGUCAUUGGUGCAUUCGAUCCUAUCCCUGAAAUCGCUGAUAUCUGCGAGAGACACAAGCUCUGGCUUCACAUCGACGCGGCUUGGGGUGGUGGACUGCUUCUGUCAAGAAAAUACAGACAUCCAAGAUUGACUGGCAUCGAACGAGCCGACUCCGUGACCUGGAAUCCACACAAACUCAUGGGAGCGUUGCUUCAGUGCUCGACCAUUCACUUCAAGGAAGAUGGGCUGUUGAUUAGCUGCAACCAAAUGUCCGCGGAGUAUUUGUUCAUGACAGACAAGUUGUACGACGUGAAGUACGACACCGGUGAUAAGGUGAUUCAAUGCGGACGUCACAAUGACAUCUUCAAACUCUGGUUGCAAUGGCGAGCCAAGGGUACAGAAGGUUUCGAGAAACACAUGGAUCGGUUAAUGGAACUUUCGGAGUACAUGGUCAGGCGGAUCAAACAGAUGUCCGACAAGUAUUACUUGAUACUUGAACCUGAAAUGGUGAACGUUUGCUUCUGGUACCUGCCGACGCGCGUUAGGAACAUGCCACAUACUGCUGAGAGGAUCAAAAUUUUAGCAGAUAUAUGUCCCAUUCUGAAGGGUCGCAUGAUGCAAGCUGGUACGUUGAUGGUCGGUUAUCAACCCGACGAUCGACGGCCCAACUUCUUCAGGAACAUCAUCUCGAGCGCCGCUGUGACGGAAGCGGACGUGGACUUCCUGCUGGCCGAGAUGGACCGGCUAGGCCACGACCUGUAAGAAACCUGCCUAUUUUAAUUAGCCGCAUAAUCAGCGACUGAUAAAUAUCGCGACGUAGCAUCGAAAGUGAUCCCUGCUGAUAUUAGAGAUUCAUCGAUGAGCAGGGAAUCACGUCGCGUUUCAUUACGUGUACAAAAUCCGGAGGCCAAAUUUAAGGAUCGCAAUCAUGGUUAAUAAUUUAAGACGCGAGCUGAUUCUCUCGUUUUUCUUCAGACACACGAUAAAUUUAGGGAAUUGAUGCAACCUUCCCAAAGUAUCUUUUAUUUUUUUAUUUUUUUGAUCCACUGUAUUACAAUAUUAUUAACACCUAGGAUACCUUCCUAAUUAUAAAACUUUCGAGCUUGAAAUUGAAGACAGAGGGAGAAUCAGUGAACGAAUCAUCAUCAGUUCGUAGUUACGACAAACGCUUCUUCAAUAUAAUUAAAAACCACAGCUACUGAAGAUCAAAGGAUACUCAUAGCACGUAAGUUCUCUAGGUGUAAGGAACAGCAUAUCCGUGAAACGAAGAGUCAACUUACAAAGCUCUAGCGACGCUUCCGGCCGUAAAUGUUACUAGUUUUCAUUCCUCGAUGCUACACGUUAGAAGAGAAAAAAAGUAGCAACGAGUCGUAAAUCGAUAAUAAAAUAAUAGAUAUGCUUCGAUAGAUAUCUCGUUCAGUUUCAAUUAAUUUUAAUUUAUCGAUCGCGAUACAUUUAGCAGAAUUUAUUAAACCAAAUUUCAAAUAGAAGUUAAAGAAAAAUCUAAUCCUCGAUGGAUUAGAACGUUCUUGAAAAUGAAAUCAUUUGAUAAAUGAAGAAAUCAAUGUUAACAAUUUCAGAAAUUCGGUGGGAUCGUUCUUUUAGGAACGAAAUAAAUGUACAAAAAUGAUAUUUUUACUCCAAUUCGAGUAGUUAAUUCAUCUAGUUGCAAUUGAUGCUGCGCAUUACUUUGUUGAAAGUUUAAAUAUAUUUGUUAUUUAUUCAUUGUUUGCGAGACUAUAAAUUGACGAAAAGAAUGGCCUGCAUUCAUUCUAUACAAACGUACGUGCGUUAUUAUUUACUGUUGAAGAAUUAUCACCGAACGGAGAGUAAUAUUUAAUAAUAUAAAUAAAUAUAUAUAUUACAUAGGAAACUUGAAAAAAAAAUAUAUAAAUGUAUUUGAAAAAAAAAAAGAUAUAAAUAUAUAAAGAACAAAGCGUAUAUUAUAUAUAUAUUUAGCGUUGAGAUUUUAAAAUACGAAAAACACAAACCCAUGAAAGUACAUGCUUUUUCAAGUAUUCGUGCGAACGGUUGUCAUUUAGUUCGUCGAUUACCAUUCUACUCUCGUUGAGAAUCAAUCUUAAAUCUUCUUAGUGAUUUUCUUAGUGUUACAACAAAAGUACACAACAUUUUUCAAAAAAAAAAAAAAGGAAUUCUAUCGCUAGCCUAUCACUUCUCACGCCUCGAUUCCUUUCACCUACAAACUCUAAUUUUUCAAUUAUUCUUUUUCUUAUCAUUUUCGCCCGUAACAGAGACGACGAAAAAAUAGCAAUCUGUUCGACAAAAAGAAAAGAGAGACACUUAAGAACCGAACAACUCUAUAUAGAUUUCGAUUCACACUCGCCAUCGAGUAAACAAAAGAGGAUGAAUCUAAGCGUAAGUAAUUACUAAACGAUAUCUAGGUGUAUAUUAUAAGAGAAGCGUAAAUCUAUUUAUUGUAAAUCUACGAAUUUACCUAUGUUCUAUUUUCCCGUCGACUUUUACCGAGCCGUCGAUACGUCUUGUUUCGUUCAUAUAAGAAGAAAUGUAGAAUUCAGACGGGUGAGCCAACGGGGAAUUUCAUUUCGUGUAAUUCGUAGUAGUUAAUUAAUAUUCCUGUUCCGUGUGAUUAAGGUGAAAUCGUUGAUUCAAGGUUGACGGGAGACAGAAUUCACGAAAACGAUACAGAAAUAUGUAUUUUUAAAGAAGAAACGAUGAAGACGUUCGUCUGACCAUGAUACAGAUACCUGCAAGAGAAGACACUCUAUUGAACCGUUGUUAUUAAUUAUCUACAAUUUUAUCGGCGUUGUAUCUUUUUUUCACCAACAGUCGUAUCAUAUACUGCCGACUGAAUGGCUGACUUUCGACGAAUUCACUCUAUCGUAAUCAAGGAAAAAUUGAUAACGUUGUAAACAAUAGACACACAUACACGUAGGAAAGAUUAAUGUAUAUGUAUGAUUAAAAGAUCAAUGCAGAGAUUAUGGUUUGUACGUGCAGCUGGUUGAUUUGACACUUCGAAUCUCAUGUUAAAAUUUUUUCAAUUAGUUCUAGGAUCGUUCUUGUUUCUAUUUCAUUUUGAAAAUGCACUGAAUUGUAUUCUUACAAAAUUAUUGUUAUUGCACAUUUAAUUGCGAAAUUUGUAUGCACCAUUAGCACAACACACGCGAUGCACCUUUGCACACAACACUUUCAUUGUCAAUUAGAGAGAUGCACUUGCAUUGGCGUAACUAGGAUUUUCGUCUAGGGUGGACCAGGUCCCCUAAUUUUAUUAAAAGUGUCAAAUAUCUAAUGUUAUUUAAUUCAAAUAUAAUUUUUUUAAGUAAUUACACUACAUAUUGCAUUUCGUUCCAAAUAUUGAUUUCUAUUAAGAUUUUAUGAAUUGACAAAUGAUUUUUUAGCAAUUUCAAUAAUUUCUUAUGGAGAAGAGCAGUAUUCAUUUUAGAGGGACUAGACCCAUUCCGACCCCUACCUAGUUACACUAAUGUGCACUCGAGAAACGGAAAUCGGCACAAGUAAUAAUUCACGUUGGUCAAUUCCUUUCCUUGUGAUUUGUCACACUGAUAAACCAGGGUCAACCACCCUGACCUCAUUAUCGUUAAUUAGUAGGUCUAAGUUGAUGACGAAGUAAGAUGAAGAACAACAAAGUCCCACGUCUUCCAGAAAAAAAAAGUAUUGAGAUUGUUAACGAUUUAGAGAGUGCCUCGCGUGCUUCGAGGUAAUCUAUCCUUCAUGCACUGUACGUAAUUACAAACGAGAAUACAUUUAUAUGAAUAUAUAUAUAAAUAGGUGAAAAUUCUAUAUAAAUAUGUAUAUGUAUGUACACGUGUGCGCAUAACUCUGUUGGGGAUAAAAACGAACGAAAGAAGAUGGACUGUUUAAAGAUUCACUCGACGAUAUGACGAUAUUUGCUUGGUCGUCGCGAUCUUGUUGCGUACGACAAGUACCACCUAUCCACCUAAUUGACCUUAUUAUCCACUGUAUAUCAAUGUCUAAUAAACUGCUGUUAUCCCAAA